GAGCGGCAAAGCACAGAGGUGGGGUGAGAAGGUGGGAAGUCUCUCAGCACACCCAGCGGGAAGGAAUGGCAGGCCAGGGGAUGCGCGAAACCCCCAGACCCGGCCGCACUGACUCAGCUCCGCACCCCCCAGCCCAUCCCGCCCGCUCUCGCGAGGCUCGGUCGAUGUAGACGCGAUGUCCUCUGGGGCACAAGCGGGGGGAGGGCAGAGAGGGAGGGAAGCGAAGCCAAGGGUGUCUUGAUUGAUAGCGGUCGCCGCCAGUGGGUGGGGGGAACGGCGAAGUUUCAGCCAAUAGAUCUGUCCCAAGGCGAGAGGAGAACCAAUGGUGGAGCUGGGGGGGCGGGGCACGCCGCUGGCUGAUUGAUCCCAGCUUUGGCGUUGUUCAGUCAGAGCGAGAACAUUCUAGAGAUUGUCCGGCGCUGCUGUCCCUGCUGAUACCGCCUGCCCCAGGACGCCGGGACCCGGAGGCUGCGGCGUCCGCCUCCGCCUCCCUCUCCGCCCGGAUAUAAGCGCCCCCACGGCCCUGUUCUCCUCGCACACUCGGCUUCGUCGCAGCCCGGGGCGAGCAGCGUUGGGUUUAUGUCUUUAUUGGACGAAAACGAGCUGUUGCGCAGCCACUGGUACCUGUAUUGGGGAAACAUAGCAUACAAGCAAGAACCUUACAGCCUCAGUGGCGAAAAUUUUUUCAUGUCAGAGACCGAGAACUCUUGCAGUCGUUUAUGUCAUCCCGUCUUCUCCAGACAGAAGAUACCAAAAAACUGCAAUCAAAGAUCUCUUCAUCUUAUUGAUAAAGCUACUAAUAAGGCAAAAUGUCUGUCAACGUCAACCGCAGUGUUUCAGAUCAGUUCUAUCGCUACAAAAUGCCCCGUCUGAUUGCCAAGGUGGAGGGCAAAGGAAAUGGAAUAAAGACGGUUAUAGUCAACAUGGUUGACGUUGCAAAGGCGCUUAAUCGGCCUCCAACGUAUCCUACCAAAUUUUUUGGUUGUGAGCUGGGAGCACAGACCCAGUUUGAUGUUAAGAAUGACCGUUACAUUGUCAAUGGAUCUCAUGAGGCGAAUAAGCUGCAAGACAUGUUGGAUGGAUUCAUUAAAAAAUUUGUUCUCUGUCCUGAGUGUGAGAAUCCUGAAACUGAUCUGCAUGUCAAUCCUAAGAAACAAACUAUAGGUAACUCUUGCAAAGCCUGUGGCUAUCGAGGCAUGCUUGACACAAACCAUAAACUCUGCACGUUCAUUCUCAAAAACCCACCUGAAACCAGUGACACUGGUACAGGAAAGAAGGAAAAGGAGAAGAAGAACAGAAAAGGCAAGGACAAAGAGAAUGGUUCUGUGUCCAGCAAUGAGACACUUCCACCUCCACCACCAGAGGAGAUUUCUCCUCCACAGGUUGUGGAGGAGGAGGAUGAUGAUGACUGGGGUGAAGACACAACAGAAGAAGCCCAGAGACGUAGAAUGGAUGAAAUCAGUGACCAUGCAAAGAACCUCACACUUAGUGAAGACCUGGAAAGAACAGUGGAGGAGAGAGUCAACAUACUGUUUGAUUUUGUGAAGAAAAAGAAGGAAGAAGGUGUCAUUGAUACUUCUGACAAAGACAUUGUAGCAGAAGCAGAGAGACUGGAUGUGAAGGCCAUGGGCCCACUAGUUCUCACUGAAGUCCUUUUCGAUGAAAAGAUUCGUGAACAGAUAAGGAAAUACAGGCGUCACUUCCUUCGUUUCUGCCACAACAACAAAAAAGCUCAGAGGUACCUUCUCCAUGGCUUUGAGUGUGUGGUAGCCAUGCAUCAGUCUCAGCUUAUUUCUAAAAUACCACAUAUUUUGAAGGAAAUGUAUGAUGCAGAUCUUCUAGAAGAAGAAGUCAUCCUUGGCUGGGCAGAAAAGGCCUCAAAGAAAUACGUUUCGAAGGAGCUUGCCAAAGAAAUCCGUGUCAAAGCAGAACCAUUUAUUAAAUGGCUCAAGGAAGCUGAAGAAGAAUCUUCCGGUAAUGAAGAAGAAGAUGAAGAUGAAAACAUAGAGGUGGUGUAUUCUACAACUGCCAGUGUACCUAAAGUUGAAACUGUGAAGCCUGCAAACAAUAAAGAUGAUGAUAUCGAUAUUGAUGCCAUUUAAAGUGAUGCAACGUAGCUUCCAGCAUAAUAAUGCAAACUUCUCUGCAUUUUCUGCCAGAAGUGUGACUUGUAUGUGCACAAGCUGAAAUGGCUUAACAUCCUGCUACUCUUUGUACUCUUAACAUGUAUCUUUUUACUGUGACUGAUCUUGUGUAACUAAGCCUAUUACCAAGGAGUCAGCACAUCAGUGAACUGAUCUAGUUUGCAACUGGCAUGUUCUGUUUCGUUUUUCUAACUUGUGUUGGACACAUACUUGGAGCACAUUUAUACAGUUGUGGAAAUAAAGGAUUUGGUUUUGGUCAACCUUCA